AUAUGAGCGCUCAGGUUUCUGUCUCUUUCUUGCCUGCUUCCUUGCUCUGACUUUCUCAUUCUUCUAGGAACUGUAGAGAGAUUUCCCCCUCUCCUCCAUCUGCAGCCUCCCUGAGGCAGCCUUAGUGCAAUGGAAAGCAACUGGGAAUGGAGCCUGUCUGUGUGUCUGAAUAGCUGUGUGACCUUGGGCAGGUUACCCAGCUUCUCUGGGCCUUUCUUUUCUCAUUUGGAAAAUGAAGGUGUUGGAACAGUGAUCCCUGUCUAAGGGGCUGUGGGGUCACCUUCUCUUCCUCUCUUCUGCCACCCCAAGUCGUCUGUGUUGCGUGUCAUGCAGUGGGAGAGCACGUUGGUCCGGACCUCAAGCUACCCACGUUCUAGUCCCGCCUCUGUCAUUUCCUAGAGCUGUGGCCUCGGAUCCCUCCCUGGUGCCACAGCAGCUGAGUGCGCAUCAAAUCUGAAGAAAAUCUACACAGUACAGACAGUACAGAUAUUCUGGAGUGUAUACAAUAAUAUCCCUCCUGUGACUAGCCUGCCUUUGAGAUGCAGUUAUCAUUUAAUGAGAGGAGAGAGGCGACCACUUUGGGAAGAGGAGAGUAAUGCAAAGGGCGGCGUAUGGAAGAUGAAAGUCCCCAAGGACAGCACGUCCACAGUUUGGAAAGAGUUGCUGUUAGCAACCAUCGGGGAACAGUUCACAGACUGUGCUGCAGCAGAUGAUGAAGUAAUAGGAGUUAGUGUCAGUGUUCGGGACCGAGAAGACGUCGUCCAAGUCUGGAAUGUAAAUGCCUCUUUAGUGGGUGAAGCGACUGUUUUAGAAAAGAUCUAUGAACUUCUGCCCCACAUAACUUUUAAAGCAGUAUUUUAUAAACCCCAUGAAGAGCAUCAUGCUUUUGAAGGUGGACGUGGAAAACACUAAUUGCACUCUGUAAAGAAUUCUUUGUCCUUUGCUGAUUGGUUUUGGAAACGGUCUUAACAGGAGGGAGAGUGAAGAGAAGACUUGCCGAAGCCGAUGCUGGUCAAUUUAGAGUGGGUUUCUGUCCUUGCAGAUGGGCAAUUAGGACUCAAAGUGGCAGGUGGGGUGGGGGGAGAUUGUGUGGGUUUCUACCGUCACGUUACUUGCUUUUUUAAAAACAAAAAAACAACAAAAAAACCAUUUUUUUUGGCUUUCUAAAUUCUCUGUUCUUUUCACUCUGAAUUUUUUUUUUUGUGCCCUUUAAAAUUCCUUGUUCAGCCUAAUUAUUGUUUUCUACACUCCCCUUUCAUUGAGGCACAAGAAAUUGGUUUCCCUUUAAGUAGCUCUGCUGUACCUAGUUAAUGAGAAUAUGCAUAAUCGUGACAAUACUGCUUUUGAAUACCACACUGUACAAGGAGGAAUACUAGCUUGGAGAAACCUGUCUUCUGAUUAUGUGUUGUGACACAUUCCUAUGUGCUGUGAGCUGGGCAUUGUUUUUUUCUGUCCCAGGGAAAAGAAAAACCAUACUUAAUCUGAUUUUGCACUGACUGCACUCAAAUCUUUAAUUUUCCUUUUUAAAACUUUUUUUUAGUGAUAAAAGGAAAAUAAUAGUUGGAUUGCCUAACAUGAAAACUAUAAUCACAAUUCAGUAUCAGGAUAUAAAUCAAGCUCUAAGUCUUUGGACCCUUCGUAGAAACAUUUCUAACCCGAAUUUUAAUUUGGCCUUUUCAACCAAAGGCUUAGAGUGGUAGCAAGGGAUUUCUCCCACUAGGAAACCUGAUGUUUCUGAUUUAAAGAGAAGGUGAUAUUUUAAUUGUUUGGAUUAAGCUCCUUGCAAAGUUCGGAUGUGUUUACCCACUUAGGGCUUUCCCAGUGAACGCUAACACAUUUUGUUAAAUGAUCCCUUUCCCUGCUCACGUUGUGUGUCAUUUCUCAUCAUCAGUAGUCCUCCAGCCUGGGCAGCUGUCCCCACCCUUUCUCAUGUAGGUGCAGGAAGUUACAUCUCAUUUCCAGGAUGCAUGUGAACAUUUACAAAGUUGAACUUUGAGUGCAUUCAGCUCAUAUUAGUUAUUGGGAUUGUUGAUAUAUAUUGUAUUAUGCUACCAAAGAAAUAUUGGUUUUAUUAGAAGGAAAUGGUCAUCCUCUGGACCAUGGAGACGUGCUCAGAAUAUGCCGAUUUCCCUCUCCUGACUUUGCCAAGCCUUGGGCUGCUUUUGCCUGAUAAAAGGCAGGGCCAUUCAAAGACACUUCCCCCAGUCGGCUUGUUUGUGGAGUCACAGGAGGUAGUGUCUGCUCACACAUUUUUCAACAGGGCAGUAUACUCAGAACUUCACUGUACCUGGGAUUUUUAAUUCCUCUUGCAGUGUUGACCAGCAGAGAGACUCGAGGCUACUUUAAGCCUCCACUAUGUGUUUGUAGAUAAAAAUCUCCAUUCAAACAUUUUAAAGGACUUUGAACAUUAUCUGUUUAUAGAAGUCGUGCCCUUCACUUGGUUAGUAACCACCUCAGCCGUAAUACUUAUCAUCAUAGGUUUUUUAAAAUGCUUUUUUUUUUUCCCCUAAACUUGAGUUUCCUUAGUGAUUUCAAAAUGAAGUAUGAGAAUAUCAGAUCCCAUUAGCAAAAGCCUGGGACUUGUUUCUCCAGACAUUGUACUAACAUUCAACUUGUUUUAAAAUUGUGACUCAAGAAUUUUAAAAAAUUAUUCUGGACACGAAUUAAAACUCUUUUUUAUAAUAUAAGUAUUUUUCUGAUAGAUUAGAAAAAAGGAUAUAAUUGACUUCACUAUAAUUGUCGUAUAUAUUUCCAUAAGUAAAUGGAUUUUGAAGUAUUUUUAUUUUUUGAACUUUAUUUAAAGCAUGUGUGAUGACAUGUUCAACUUUUGCAUGUAUGUAGCCUUUGAAGUAAAAAUAAAAUAAAUAGGAAUGUCAGGCUCACGUUAAUAUUUCUAGUUUCUGUUUAUGAUCAUGGAACAUGACUAGCACACAAAGUAGAUUUUUGCCCCAGUGAACUUCUGCAACUGUUUCUGACCCUUUAGAAAAUACCAACUGUGAGAAGGAUUUAAUUUGCCUAAUGUUAAAAACCUAUCAUCUAAAUUACUUUCAGGGAGGAUUUUGUCAGAUUUUGGUUUGGAAAUCGUUUUAAUUGAAUAUUUAGUCAUAAUAGACUUUAUGAACUAAGCUGAUUUAAUCAGUUUAAAAACCUCUCAUUACCUUCUUAGAUUAAAGAAGCUAAUACUCUUUUGAGAUAGAAGGAAAUAUUUUGUGGGACAUGUGACUUUUGUGUUAAGGCAGUUUACCCAUCUUGGCCGAUGUGGAGAAAGUGCAAACUUCAGUAGAAUCCCGGUCUUUUCAUCCAAGUGCUUGCAGGUGCAGCGUUGUGCUCUGCAAGGAACCAUACAGAAACCAAAGAGCUCGCUUUUUUGUCUUUGUAAUUCCUUAGGGUCUGUGAUAUAUGCCAGGAAAUCUGAUUGAAACUAAUAUGCUUUUUAUUCUCCCAUUAUUGCCUAAAUUGUUAUAUCACAGGCACUUGCCUACACUGGGAAAGUAAGAACAAAUAAUGCCCAUUUAAUGUAACUUGCCUGUAUUUUGACUGUCUUUUGUAAGCACUUGCUGAACUGCUGACUUAACUCAGUUUUAAGAUUUCCUCUUUCCCCCCAGCUUUUCCACAUUUCUUAAAUGAGGGUACAAUUUACUGCAAACAUGUACAUUUAAUAUAAUAUUGCUGUUAGAUUCAUGGUACACUUUAUGAAGCAAAAACAUGAAAAGGAAAACACAACUCUAAUAAACUUUAAAUUACAGAUUGACUCUCUCUCACCCCUCUUCUUGAAUUUAGCCCACGUCUACACCAUGUACACAGGCACAGGACUUUAUGGCUUAGAAACUUUAGAUAUAAUUGGGUCCUAUAGACAUAACAUGCAAUCCACCAACUGAGCCUUGGCUGAACUUGUCCCCUGUUAAAGACGUAGGGCUAGCCAGCCAUAGAGCUGGGCAUUGAAGUCGGCAAAGUGUAUCCUGGUGCAAGCACCCUUAAAUGGAGAGUACUCAGGAUCUGCCAGCCUUAACCUGCCCACUGGCCACCCUAAUCAAGCACUAAAUAUCUGAUCCAAUCUGGCCACUGAUGUGACUCCGUAAUCAGACAUCUUCUUUGUAAACAGCUCCUCCUCCUCUCCCUCUCCCUCUCAGAGACAGAAGUAGUGCUGGGGUUUGGAGUUUGAAAAUAACCUUCCUAUGACAGGAAGUGGGCUUUUGCUGUUAGUUGCCCAACUCUUAGAGGAUCCCAACUUGUGUCUUUAGACAAAACUGACAGCCCUUGGAACGAUCACAUGGUGGCGCUGCCUUCCAGCCAACAGUUCUGGCUCAGCUGCAGAAUUUAUCCAGCUAUGUUUGUGGAAUUCUUUUACGAUCCUACUGCAUUUUGCUCCUAUGCUUUUAUAAAAAUUUGACGAGAAAAUGUAAAAAUGAUACUUGGCAAUAAGACAUUUAGCUUUCAUGCACCUAAUAAAAAUGUGUCAAAGCUAGAUCGCUCCAGAUGUGCUUAAAAUAUCUCAAAUCCUAGGCUCUCAUUGGGCUUAUAAGUGGUUGGGAAGAAAAAGAAUAAAAUAAACUUACAUAUAGGAGAUAUGGAAAAUAUUUCAUCAAAUAUUAUGCCCAAAGAGAGAAAAUUAGGAGUUGAUUUUUUUUUUUUUUUUUUUUUUUUAGCUCUCUGAACAUGGAAGUUCCCUUUAAAAAUGUAAUUCUACCCUUCACCUUCCCCACAUUGUAUGUUUCUGUAAGAUUUUACUCAUUACAAAUGAAAGUAGAGGACUGCCUGUGAAUUGUUUAUUUCUGAAAAGAAUAUAUUGAGAUCAGUUAAAAUUACUCAAGAGUUUGGUGACUCAGGAUUGUAAAAAGCCUGGAUCUCAACAGCUGGGAGGAGUCAGAGGGUGACGUGGAAAAAAAAUAGGGACUGAGGGGCAAUGAAAAGUCCCUUUGAACCUGUGGUCAUGUAUAGCAAUUAGAGUGGGUUGCCCUUCUACUUCUCCCAAGAAGAAAUCCCAUAUAGAUUCCUUUCAUGUCAGAUUAUACUGUUCUGAUUUUAUUUUCUAUUAUUUUUACAUAUACAUCCAAAUCUAAUAAUACUUAUUCAGAUUGACCCACUGAGACCAAAAGUCACUGUCUUGUAUUCUAGAAAUUCUUUCAUGUUGCUGACAUGAAUCCAUUUUUAAAAGAAAACUCAGGGACUCUUAGAAUUUUAGAGUGGAAGGGACCUUUGAGAUCAUCUACCAGUGCUUCUCACCCCUUAGCAUUCAGCAAAAUCACUCAGAUACUUACUUAUUGUGCAUAAUUCUUGACCCCAGCACUAGAAAUCUGGGAGGAUAUCUGCAUAUUUAACAAGUACCCUAGUGAUUCUAAUGCUGAUGGUGCUCAGAUCACUCUUGGAGAACCUCUGAUUUUAUCCAACUCCCACAUAUGACAAAUGAGGAAAGCCUCCCAACCCUAAGCUCUGUCAGGUGGCCUGAUUCCAAUAUAUGAUACCAACAAUCUUAUGAAGGCUGGAGAAAGCCAUUAAUACUGAGACUUGAGUAGAUGAUGCUCGUAAAUAAGAACUUUAUGGCUGGGACCACAGCAGUCAUAGGAGCCCAUCCCUGGCAGUCCAUAAUAUAAAGCCUUUAAUACAGAGUGGUGGUUUUUCUCUUUUCUAAAUACCAUUUCAGCCUGUUAAGAGAAAAGAAAUUAAUGUUCAGAAAAGUAGUUACUCCAUAUGUGCAGUAACUACUUUUCUAUAAUGUCUUAUGGCAUCUGGGGUUCAGCAUCAUUGAACAAGAUUAAAUGAACGUUAUAGAGCUAUAAAAUUGCAUGUAAAAUAACGCAAAACUGUUCAAAUGACUAUCAAAGUAGCCUGGGAAUGAAUUUCCACUAAAAUUAAUUGUCACUUUCAAAACGUAGCUUAGCAAAGCUGUUACUAAACGGGAGAGAUCCGUUAAUACAUAGAAAUGUCAAAAAAAAUCAAAUAAGUAUUCCCUAAACGAUGUGAGUGAUAAGCAAAAGUCAUUGCGAAGUCAGUAUUUUUUUGUUCAUCAUUGCUACUGAAAUUUAGAGUUCCAUUGUGUAUGUGUGUCUUGAGUGUACCUUAUUAGAAUAUCCAAUACAAUAGCUUUUGGAUAUUCUAUGCUUUUGUGUCCUUCAGAAAUCAUGAGAUUGAAGGAAUCUGUGUUAAAUGUUUUUGUUUUGGUUGCUGCCUGAAAAAAGUUACCAACUCAUUUAGUAAAAUGUAAGAUUUCUUUAUAAAAAUUUCAAUUUCUAAUAUCGAAGUCAGAUAAUUUUUCUUGAACUUUUAUUUUGGAACAGAUGUUUAUUUCGGAUUUAUUAAAGUGUCAACUUUGCAUUAUAGAAUUGAACAUGACGUAAAUUGAGAGUUUCUGAGUUUUCUAUAGAAAAUUUAUGCUACCUCUCAUCUCUUCACAUACAAAGAAGCAACUUUUAAUGAAGACUUGAGGUGAAAAUUUUAAUUUUAGCAUUUUGCAUUACAUGAUGAAUGGAGAAUAUUAAAGGACUUUGAACAUUUUAAUAAACUUACAGUGUUUCUGUUUUCAAAUAGAGGUAUUAAUUUUGUGGGUAUACAUUAAAUUCUCCCCAAAAUUCUCAGACUUGAAUCAGAUAAUGUGGCUUACAACCAUCGUUUUUGUUUUUAAGUUUUAACAUUAUCUUUUCAGUAUUCAUUUAAAACAAGUCACCAUGACUUUGAAUAUAUUCUCAUGGAGAAUUUAUUUCAAUGAUUAUACAAAAGAAUUUCAGAAUUUAAACUAGUGAGCAUACUUUAGCUUUAGACAGCUAACAUUAUUUGUCCCAAAUUUAAAAUCUUAUCAGUUGCAUUGAAAGUUAUUAAUUCUUUAGAAUAGUCUUACCUGUGUAAGUUGAACCAGGUUUGUUUCAUUAUGUUUUGGAUCUGCUUGUGCCCCCACCCCCCUAUUUUAUACCAUCUGUGCCCUGUGCAGUUGGGGACCCUUUCACAUCUGGCUACAAGCUGGUGUAAUGCCCUUCCUUUUGAUCUGGCUUCAUCUAGUGAUUUGCUCAGUAUUUUUAAGGUCAGACUGAAAACUUUUCUGUUCUAGUUAUUUUUGAUUUUAUAUUGUGUGUUGUGUUUGAUAUUCAGAUACAUGUGAAAGUUGCUUCUAUAAGUCAGUAUUUUUUAUUCCAGCCUUUUGCAGCAAUAAGGUAAGACUAGACUAUACUUUUCUUACUUGAAAAGGUAGUGAUUUAUGUGUUUAGUGCAAAUGUUUAGACUGUUGCAAUUUUCUAAUUUGGGACUAUAUUGCUAUGAAUUUGUGCUGCUUCAUUUUUCAAGGUAGUAGUUCACAGGGUUUGUUUAAGUGUUAGUCUGUAGAACUUUAUUUUGAGAUCUUUUGUAAUCUGUUGCUACUAAUUCUUGUUCUGUAUUGAGGUUCUUAUAGUAUAGAAAUGUCAUUUUCAUCCUCCAGUUUAAAAAAUUCAUGCAGUUUAAUCAACCACAUCACUUAAUCAUUAUUAGAUCCCCAGUGUGUGUGUGUGGUGAUUAGGAUAACCCUGUUUAUUCCAACACAUAUUAAAAGUUUCUGUCCAACAACUCUGAUAUGUAUGAUGCUGCUAGCAUGGAGUCUGGCGCUUAGUAGGUUAUCUGGUAUUCUGAUGGGGAGUAACUAUUUUUAUUUUUACACUUCCUUGUUGAACACAUUGAUAAUAGGGCUCAUCUGGGUCUCUCAGAAAACACAUCCUGCUUAUUUUAAUUCUUUUUCUUUACCCUCUACUAAGAAUGGUUUUGUUUUAGAAUAAGUCAAUUACGCUCGUUGCUCUUUUGUGCUGCAAUUUGGCCGUGAGAUUCAGUUGUCCCCUGUUUCGGCAAGUAAAGUGAGUUUACUCCUCCUUUCUGGCUGUCUCAUAUAUUCCUUUAAAAACAAACAACGCGUACCAACAAACUCUUCUUCCUUUCAUCUGCAGACUUUCCUAUCUCUCCCUGCAGAAACAAGCAAUUCAGGAUUUCGUGUGUGAUGCCUAGUUAAUUUUAACACAGCGAAUUUAAUGAAAUCGCUGAAGAGCAGGGCAUAACACUGGGAAGGCUUUACAAUUUCAUAAUAUUUCCCGCUCAUAUUUGCAUCUGAUUACUGCCACCAUGCAUUCUGUGUGUACUUCAUCAUCUAGUCAUUAUUGAUGCACUUUUUGGAAUGUGUUCUUGGUUGUUCUAUUAGCAUAGGUUCCUCUGCAUUGUCACCUAACGUCGUUUUCCUGGAAGCCAUGACCAUGCAUGCCUUUUCUUCCUCAGUGAUCCUUUUACUGCAGUAACUGCUGUUAAAUAACUUUUAACUGCUUUUCAUUAAUGAAUGUAUAAAACAAUCUCUGGAAUCCUACAGGACGAUGGUCUUUUGUUAUAUAAAGAAAAGAAAAAACAGUAGCAUUUACAAGGGCCAGCAAGUUAAAAUAUAUGUCAUUAAAAUAUGUUUCUAUUUCCCAUCA